AUGGUGAAAGCAAGAAGCUCCAUUGCCCUUGUUCUCUUCAUCAUGUUCCUCUGCGUAUCUUCUUCCUACCAAACCAAGAAAAAGCAGCACAAACCCUGCAAGCAGCUAGUCCUAUACUUCCAUGACGUUGUCUACAAUGGCAACAACGCUGCCAAUGCCACUUCCUCCAUGGUAGCCGCCCGCCAAGGCAUUAACCUAACCAACUUAGGUAAUCAGUUCCACUUCGGAAGCAUGGUGAUCUUCGACGAUCCAAUUACUCUGGACAACAAUUUUCACUCAAAGCCUAUUGGCAGAGCACAGGGCAUGUACUUUUACGACACGAAAAACACAUUCACUGCCUGGCUUGGGUUUUCGUUUACUUUUAAUUCCACAGACCACCAAGGCACCAUUAACUUCAUUGGAGCUGAUCCAUUGAUGAAUAAGACGAGGGAGAUUUCAGUGGUGGGUGGCACCGGUGACUUUUUCAUGCACCGGGGUAUCGCCACCCUGAUGACAGAUUCAUUUGAAAGCGAAGUGUACUUCAGGCUCCGUGUUGAUAUCAAUUUCUAUGAGUGCUGGUAA